UCUGUAAAACCACCAACAAAGCAGCGCCGGUGUGUGUGUGUGUGGAAAAACCCCAGCUGGUCCGCUUCCGCUCCCAUCAGAUCGGAUCACUCGACGAGUCCUCUCGCCUCCCUCGCCAAUCGCCAUGGCGGCGCUGCUGCUGCGUAGGCUCGCCGGGACCCACCGCGGCCGCGUCCCGCUGGGGGCCGCCGUCGCCGCCUGCGGUGGAGCCGCGCUCUUCUACGCGUCGUCUUCCCCUACCGUUGCGCACCUGGAGAAGGGCGAGGAAGCCGGUGAGAAAGUCGCACUAAACCCUGAUAAGUGGUUGGAGUUCAAACUCCAAGAGAAGGCCAAAGUUAGCCACAACUCACAAUUAUUCAGAUUUUCAUUUGACCCAAAUACUAAGCUGGGCCUUGAUGUUGCCUCAUGUCUCAUCACAAGGGCUCCUAUUGGUGCGGAAGUGGAGGGAAGAAGAAAAUAUGUUAUUCGCCCGUACACGCCUAUCUCUGAUCCAGAUUCUAAAGGAUAUUUUGACCUAUUGAUCAAGGUUUAUCCUGACGGGAAAAUGAGCCAGUACUUUGCAAGUUUGAAGCCAGGAGAUGUUGUUGAAGUCAAAGGGCCAAUUGAGAAGCUCAGAUAUAGCCCGAACAUGAAAAAACAGAUUGGCAUGAUUGCUGGUGGUACUGGUAUCACACCAAUGCUGCAGGUUGUCAGGGCUAUCCUAAAAAAUCCUGAUGACAAAACUCAGGUCUCCUUAAUUUAUGCCAACGUGUCGCCAGACGAUAUCUUGCUCAAAAGGGAACUGGAUAGACUUGCCAGUAGCUAUCCUAACUUCAAGGUGUUCUAUACAGUUGAUAAGCCAUCAAGUGACUGGAGGGGUGGUGUUGGUUUUGUAUCGAAGGACAUGGUUUUGAAAGGUUUGCCAGGCCCAGGGGAGGAUUCACUGAUCCUUGUUUGUGGUCCACCAGGAAUGAUGAAUCACAUCUCUGGGGACAAGGCAAAGGAUAGAUCUCAGGGCGAGGUGUCUGGCCUUCUGAAAGAUUUAGGAUACACGGCAGAGAUGGUAUACAAGUUCUGAGAGGACAGUAGAUUCCGCUGACAUACCUGCUGCGCCGGCAGUGAAUAAACGCACCUGAACCUUUUGUUUCGCGCGUCAUUUGGUUCAGAACUUGCCUCUGAAUAAUGUUCGUCCAAGGAUUCUAGGUUUUGAGCUAGCUGGAAGUUGAGCGUCGAGCUGAAGAUGGGCGUUAUUUCUGCGGGUGGCGUGUCCCUGCGCGUGCGUGCGAUGUUUACGAAUACAAAAUCCGGUACUGUGUUUGGCACUUCAGAUAAAGCUACACAGUUCUGUUACUCGACAGUUGCUUCU